UCUAAAGGUUUAUCUUUGCCAGUGUACACCCUAGAAAAUGGAUGCAUUGUUAAGUCAGUUAAAUGCGUGCAGCGAGCUAAUUGCAGAGGGUGCCACCAGCACUGGAAAUCUUGUCUGGCUGAACGAGUUCUGCGCCACUUUUCUGGAUUUUGCCAGCGACCUCAAGGCACUAUUGCCGGAAUUAGCUCCGUGCAGCGACAACAUAGAUGUCGAGACAAUCUUCCUGUGCCUCCACCAGGUGGUUGCUUGCAUCCCUCAUCUAGAGAAGGGAAUCAGAGCAGACGCGUCGCAGAUGACAAAGCUGCACUUUCUCGAUCGAUUGGAGUGGUGUAUGCGCCGGCUGCUUAUCUCUUUGACGCAGCUGGAAACUAGUCGCAAUGCUGAAAAGAGCCUGGAGGAUACUUCCUUCGUAGAGCUCAUGGAUUUGGCGUUGAACCGUUUAGAUUCCUAUAUAGAAAAACUGAAUCAAAAACGUAACAUCUCUAUAAACAUUUUUGAAGAAAGCCUUUUGGAGGAUUAUCCGCUAACCAGUAUAGUGAAUCACAUUGUCCGCCAUGCGUUAGCGUUUGCCAAUGUUGCAAUUUUAACAGAUAAAAAAGCCUUGUCUGCUCUUUGCGAGACCUUACUUGGCGAAUGCGCCACAUUCCAUGAAGAGGGAGGCGAUCUUAAUCCUGGUCAUCGGAAGCUGGAAGCCCUCUCCUUGGAACGGGCCCUCUUUGCCCUGGAAUCGUACCUUAAUGAGGCCCUUUUGCACCUGCUGUUCGUCGGCUUAAUCGAGUUUGAAAACACAUCGGUGGCAAAAAUAAAGGAAGCCGUGAGGUCGGACUCUCAUACUGCCCGGGAUCUGAUAGACUCAUUCGACACCAAUAUGGACCGUAUCCAGCAGAUUGGAGUGCUGGCCAUAGCGUUCUCACAGAAUAUUAAAACAAAGACGAUCGUACGCAGUUGCCUUGCCUCCUUGGAGUCUUUGGACGCCUGUAUCGUUCCGGCUCUGCAGUUGCCUGAAUCAACUUCAUCUGCCCAUCACGUCAAAAUCCUGGAGGACCAUUUUAAUGAAGAAAUGUUGAUCUUACGCAGUGUCAUCCACGAGAUCGUCGACAGUUCCUCACUAAUUAAUAAUUUUCUAGAUACGCUGGCAGAAAGAAUACAGAUGCUGGAUAAGGACCAACUCAAUUUGAUUGUUCAGAUGGGCAGUGUAUUAGUGGAUCAUUUUCGUUUACCUGCUAAUUAUUCCCUCCUCGACGACAAUGCCAAGGAGGUACACAAGGACUUCACUCUGAUCCUUCGAGAAUGCAAAGCUGUGGUCAAUUUGGCCUUUUCUCUUGAUCCGAAACGCAUUGCUAAGCGUCUAAAGAUGCUUUAUUCUGUUUUAGCAAAGUUGAGGAAUUUGAUUUGCAAGGAUACCUUGGAAGACGCCUCGAUCUUAUCCAAAGAACAAAGUCACUGUGGCAGAAGCAAAACUUUUAUUAAGAAAGCCGUCAAAAAGUAGUUGAAACGUCACAGAUUUAAUCAAAAAUAAAAAUUGAUUUAGUUCGAA